AAAGGGUGUCGUUGGGAGCCCUCUCAACUAUCAUCUGGGGAAAUUAAUAAAAUUGCAGUUGUUCGCGCUCAUCCUGCGGGAGAGCAGUUGGGAGGCACAUCAACCGAUCUGCCUCGGAAGUCGCGCGCCGCCGGCGCCGGAAAAUGGCGUCGCGGACGCUUGUUAAGGCCGUCCAAGAUCUGCCGCGACGUUCUCGCCUGGCAUUGAGGACAAUCGAGGUUGCAGAGGCGGGCAGAGCCGGACAGGCCGAUAGGGCCCUCGACCUGUUCGAGGCAAUGCCCGUGAAGAAUCAGGUGGCCUGGAACGCGGCUCUGGCCGCGCUCGUCGACGCCGGCCGCACCGACUGGGCGCUCUCCUUCUUCCGGGAGAUGCCCAGGAGGAACGCCACCUCGUACACCACCAUGAUCGGGGGCCUCUCCCGCGCCGGUGGAGCUGCCGCUGCCGGGGCGCGGGUUCUCUUCGAGGAGCUCCCUCUUGAUCAGCACAACGUCUUCACCUGGACGGCCAUGAUGUCGUGCCACGUCCGGAACAGCGAGCCUGGUAAGGCGGUGGAGCUCUUCGUGGCUCUCUACGGCGAGUUCUUUGCGCGGGGGAUGCUGCCCAACGCGCACACGUUCAGCUCACUGCUCAAGGCCUGUGUGGGUGUCCGGUCACUGGCCAUGGCGUUGCAGCUCCAUGCUGUCAUCGUCAAGCUGGUGGGCAAGGGGAGCAGACAUUGUUUCGUGUGGAAUGCCUUGAUUGAUGCCCAUGCGAAGCUAGGCACACUGUCAGAUGCCGAGAAGGUGUUCUAUGGGAUGCAGUAUAGGGACAUUUGCUCUUGGAACAUCAUGAUGGAUGGAUAUUCCCGGCAUAAGCUCGUCGACAAGGCUCUUGAUCUCUUCAGGAUGACAAGGAGAAAGGAUGCCUUCACAUGGAACAUCAUAAUAUCCUGCUUGGGGGAGAACCGCCUUGGAGAAGAUGCGCUCCGCCUCUUCAUCGAUCUGGUCAGAUUGGAUGGCCACCGCGGUGGCAAUGCCAAGCUGAAUGCAUCAACAUACACGACAGUUCUGCACGUUUGCUCAGUGCUGGCGCUGCUUGCGUUUGGGAGGCAAGUCCAUGCACGCAGUGUCAAGGACGGGAUUGGUCAGACUCGGAGCAACGUCUCCGUCAGCAAUUCUCUGCUCAGCAUGUACACAAGCUGCGGCGCCAUGCUUGAUCUGGAGCAGGUGUUUGAGGAAAUGACGGUCAGGGACAUGAUAUCAUGGAACUCUGUGAUACAGGGGCUUGGCCAGAACGGUCUUGGGAGGCAAGCCCUGGCGUUUGCGGAGCGUGCACUAGAACUCAAGAUGUACAACAGCAACACCUUCAUCGCCAUCCUGACAUCCUGCAGCCACUCGGGGCUAGUCACUGAGGGGCUGGGCUACUUUGACAGCAUGGCCGAGAAACAUGGGGUGGAACCAACGCUUGACCACUACAUCAGCGUCAUCGAUCUCCUCGGCCGCGCAGGGAGGCUUGAAGAGGCGUAUGACCUGCUCCGGAAGAUGCCGUUCGCGCCAAAUGCUGUGGCGUGGCGUACUCUUCUGCAUUCUUGCCUAGCCCACAAGAACAGCGUCAUGGGGAGCAUUGCGGUGCAGGAGCUGAGAGCGCUGCAGCCCGGCGGCGGCGGCGGGAACUAUGAGUGGCUGGUGCAGGGCUGUGGGGGCAGCAGCAUGGCUGAUGAAACACUGAUUGGAAACGAGAAGAGUGCUGAUCACACGCCAGGGUGUACCUGGCUCACCUGAAUUUCUGAACAUCCAAGGUCCGUUCAGUUCAUGCCUGAACAAAGCUACAUCAGUAUUCAGUAAGUUAAAGUUAUGGUCCGCCAAGACUCAGCAAGGCUUUGCUAAGGGGUUGUGCAAUCCAUGAUGUCAUGAGUUGAGUCCGCCAACAUCAAGUUGACCAUGACCUGGACUCAUGAAUGGAGUCCAGCAACAUCAAGAGAUAGGCCAGAAGUUCGGAAACAACAGUCCUGGCAAUCUGCCAUGGUGACUCGGCGCAGAACAAGAUAGAUGUGAGCUUGAAAGUUGAAACAUGGAACGCACGGAAGCUGGAGCAUAGGGGAAGAUAACCUGAGGCUUGGCCUGCCAUGAUGAGUGAGUAAACAUUUAGCGAAUAUGCCUGCACAAAACUGCAUCAGUAACUGUUGAGCCGUGGGCUGCGAAGAAUCUGCUGAAAGCUUGCUACUUGCAAAGCGUUUACAACAUCAAGAGAUGCGCCGCAAGAAGGCUGGAAACAGUGCCAUGGUGAGUGAAUGCAGAACGAGCUUGAAUUCUACUAUGUACGAAUUCAGCACACACCAGAGAGAAGGCACAAUCGCCUAGGCUAGGCGACGUACUAGGUGCUAGGCGGAGCUUGACCGUGGCUAGAACAUUGUGGCCUUCUGGAUUAUAUGGGUUGAAACAUGAAAUGGCUACGGGGAAGAACACGGCAGUGCAGCGGUAGAUUUAUGAGUUUUUCUUGAUAAUAUUCUUAAAUAUUUCUUUCCAAAUGUUCUCUCUGUUUUUAUUCAUUUUGUUUCUUUAAUAAGGGUGCAAAUGGGUGGCUCUCUUUAGUUCAAAAUUUUGUAUUAGUUUUCCAAAUUGAGAUAUGAUUUUGGAGAAUUAGUACAAAAUUUUGAACUAGAGAGGGUUGGAAAAGCACCUAAUGGUUACCAAUUGGCACCCCUAUUCUUUAAUACAAAA